AUGAAUCAAUCCACUGGACAGCAGUCACAAAUGAUGUAUCCUUAUCACGGCGUUCAUCCUCAGCACCAGCAGCAGCAGCAGCAGCAACAGCCUCGACAGCAUCCGCAAACAAUGCAGCAGGUGUCACGACCGUCGCCACCCAAACCCAUGUGGGCAGUGCCACAGCCCCACAACCCUUACUAUCAAAUGCAAAGGGCCAUGGGAAUCAACAGAGACGACUCCCAGCGAACUAUUAGAUCUGAUGUUAGCAGUCCGAGUGCCCCGGCUAUGAGCGAAGCAUCUUACCGACAUGGAAUGACCGGGCCGCCUACACUGGGCAACACAGACUACUUUCCGGGUGUGAUUGAUACCAGUAUGUUCAAUCGUUCCGAGUCUGCCGCCUCGUGUCUAACGUACAUAGGUCCCUGGGGUUCGAAGGUCUGCGAAGAGCUCGAGCAGUUCCCAUCAUUGGAUGCAGAUAUCCAUGAAUUCAACCAAGGUUUAAUGGGCCACGACGAGAACACGCCAAUCAUUGACUUGAGGCAGUAUCAUGGUAUGGAUCACCGUGACAACGAGAAUGGGGCCGCCUUCAAUCCAGACCCCUCGAGGCGCUUGUCUGAGUCGUCAUUUUCGAUCUCAAGCACCGGGGGAGUUCUUCCAGAGGUGUCCAACUAUGAAGACAUGGGCUCAUCCGAGGCAGUUUCGUAUGCGUCAGAUUGUGACGCCUGGAACAACCUUGAGCCUGCUCCUUCCCUGCUCUCUCCACUCGCUUCCCCACGACGUCCGCAACACGACAAUGUUGUCCGCAACGGCAGCCGUUCUCGCGCCUCGCCUACACCGCACAACAAUUCGCGCGCAUCACCUUACACCCUUGAUAGCGGCCGAUUCAAGAGGUGGUCAACCGGGCAAGCGCCAACUUCGAUACCUUCAAACUCGCGCCCACUAUCGCAGGUUCACGACCGAUUUGCUCCUUAUGGGCCCCGCAUGAAUCCGCACCAUAACCCGCACCACUCAAUGCCUGCCUAUCCGCCAAGUGCUAUGCACAACUUCGGUCUGCCCACUCAAAACGUGCUCUAUUCGCAAAAUCACACGCUUCAAUCCAACGGUCCCGCCAUGUUCGCAUCGCACGACCAUCCCUACCAGCUUGAGAUCCCAAGGCCACUCCCUUCGCAGGGACUGUUUCGCUUACUCCAAAGCAACGCCGAUCGACAUGAUGGCUGCGCAUCGCAUUUUGCAGACCUUUCCGAUCCACCAGAUCUAUACUCAUCCCUUCACGAAGAGCCAUGCGACCCACCAGAAUCCGAUAUGAAUCCAUCUGACCCUGAUCUCGUUCCUCAUGAACAGGAUCUACGCUUCACCGGUGACUUGUACACCCCACGCUGGGUGCGCGGUCACGGUAACAAGCGAGAGGGCUGGUGCGGACUUUGCAAGCCUGGCCGCUGGCUCGUGCUCAAGAAUAGCGCUUUUUGGUACGAUAAAUCAUUCACGCAUGGUGUCAGCGCGGCAACUGGAGCUGCUUUCCAGGGACCUCAAGAUACUCGACGAACCGAAGGAAACCUUGACGUCUGGGAAGGGUUGUGUGGGAGCUGCGGAGAGUGGAUCGCGCUCGUAAGCAGCAAGAAGAAGGGUACGACAUGGUUCCGGCACGCGUACAAGUGCCACACACAUCCAAAGGUCAAAGACGGCCCUAAGAGACGCCGUGAAACGCAUGCUGUACGCGCUCGUGCCGCUUCAGCUUCCAACACCACGUCUACUUAUCCAAUUAAAUCCGAAUUACAAACAGACGUGAAAACGAACCGGCACUCCACACCGAUUCCAACAUCAUCACUUCAAGCCCUCGGCAUACCGAUAUCAGCACCUCAUCACACUCCCUUGCCGCCCACAUCUACUCCGCAGCCGAGCCACUCAACACCGCAUUUGGCUGCUACUUCUUACCCCACACCGACAUCUUCUACAACCCACCACCCGCCAGCCAACCCGCUAUCGGGAGAUUCGGGGACUACCAAAUCGCGCUCAGAACCGCCUAUUGUUGGGCUUUUCACGUCUCCGUUACAACCCGGUAGCACGUUUAAUCCAGCCCACGCCAUCAGCGAACCAGAACUGGUUGGAGUGCCGAGGCCGACUGCGCUCAGCUCUCUAGCGAGCAUGAUAUAG